UCUGUGUGUGUCAUCAUUCAGGAUACGUCUUCACACCAUCGACGGGACACAUACAAGGAAAAUGAAAUAAAAUUGAAGAGAAAGGCGAAAUUUAUUCAUCAACAAUUCGUGUUCAAAUCCGAGUGAUGCAAGAGCCAUUGAUCUGUAUUUUUCCAGUGAUGUCACAAUCGUGUACGUGAAGGAAGUGCGGUGAAAUAAAUAAUUGGAAACAAUUAAGCUGUCAGGUUCCUGGCAGUGAUGUUCCGGGCAGUGCUUUUCCAUUGUCCUCUUGGCCCAUGCCAUACACACACAAGUACGUCUCCUUCCCACCUCCCUCCCUCCCCUCUUCCGUCCGUGUAAUGUGUUGCUCAUCAUGGCAUCAAACUUCAAGUCCACGUUCGUAAACCGGGAUUCAAACCGGAGCUGGGCUGCAUAGAUCCCGCAGACAACAACACUUUUCCCUGUAAGAAACGAAAAAGUCUCACUUCAGGGGCGCCAUUCAGAGUGGAGCUCUCCGACUGCCUGUGCCUGCGGACCCAUCUGCUCCGUGCACAGACAUGCAGCAUGCACCGGUGGAGAUAAUGCACAGCCUGGAUCCCGUGACUCAUCAGUGACAACAAGACAAGACGAGGCUCGCUUGGAACAAGUCCUAUCUACUUCAGCAGCGGCAGCAAGGUCACCUUGAUAUGGAUCUAGUGGGGAACUGAAGCAAGCGGCUGUUAUUGUUGUUGGAGUCUGCCUGAGAGCGCACGCAUGCAGCAGCCCGUUCCUCGUGCAGGACUCCGUUUUUUUGGGUGGUAAAUUCACUUUCUCUUCUUUCACCCCCCACUGGACUGCACCUGUUCACCUGGAUACACAACAUCACGUGAGCCCUUACUUUUCUCCCUUGGGUCAUAUAGAAGGAGAGAUUUUUGGGGGAUUAAAAAGAAAAGAAAAGUGUCCAGGCUUUUUUUUUUUUUGGUGAGGUGAAGACUUUGGCACAGGGACUCGGGAGCGAUGGCGGCGUCUGCACCCUCCUCCUCCUCCACCACCACCACCUCCUCAUCCUCCACCAACGGCGGCGGCGACGCAGAUCCCAACUCGACAAAUUUACGACCACCGGGCUCAAGCUAUGAUGCUUGGUGUGGAGUUGCACAUGGAUGUACUAGGAAAUUGGGAAUGAAGAUAUGUGGAUUGUUGCAGGGGACCAACAGUCUGGAGGAGAGGAGCAGGAUCGUGGGUUCCCUCAAAGAGCGAGCGGCCAAGAACCUGAUGUCAAGCGAAAACGGCGGCGGAGACGUGCACUUCAGACGCACGGAGACGGACUUCUCCAACCUGUUCGCCAGAGAUCUGUUGCCUGCUAAAAAUGGAGAAGAACAGACCAUGCAGUUCUUGCUGGAGGUCGUGGAAAUCCUCACCAAUUACAUCCGGAAGAGCUUCGACCGGUCCACCAAGAUCCUGGACUUCCACCACCCCCACCAGCUGCUGGAGGGCAUGGAGGGCUUCAACCUGGAGCUGUCCGAGCACCCCGAGUCCCUGGAGCAGAUCCUGGUGGACUGCAGGGACACUCUGAAAUAUGGAGUGAGGACAGGCCACCCCAGGUUCUUUAACCAGCUGUCCACUGGACUAGACAUCGUUGGGUUGGUCGGAGAGUGGCUCACCUCUACAGCCAACACUAACAUGUUCACCUAUGAGAUCGCCCCUGUCUUUGUUCUCAUGGAGCAGCUGACACUGAAGAAGAUGAGAGAAAUCAUUGGCUGGCCUGAAGGAGAGGGAGAUGGAAUAUUUUCUCCAGGGGGAGCGAUCUCCAACAUGUACAGUGUAAUGAUUGCCAGAUACAAGUUCUUUCCCGAAGUCAAGACCCGUGGCAUGGCAGCUGCACCCAGACUGGUCCUCUUCACCUCAGAGCACAGUCAUUACUCCAUCAAGAAAGCCAGUGCAGCCUUGGGCUUUGGAACAGAGAACCUGAUCCUCUUGAAGACAGAUGAGAGAGGGAGAGUCAUUCCUGCGGAUUUGGAAGCCAAAGUAAUAGAGGCCAAGCAAAAGGGGUACGUUCCAAUGUUCGUGAACGCCACCGCCGGUACCACCGUCUACGGAGCCUUCGAUCCCAUCAAUGAAAUUGCAGACAUCUGCGAAAAGUACAACAUGUGGCUUCACGUGGACGGAGCCUGGGGAGGAGGUUUGCUGAUGUCCAGGAAACACAGACACAAGCUGAACGGAGUCGAGAGGGCCAACUCAGUCACCUGGAACCCUCAUAAGAUGAUGGGAGUGCCACUGCAGUGCUCUGCCAUUCUGGUCAGAGAGAGGGGAUUACUACAAAGCUGCAACUCCAUGUCUGCAGGCUACCUCUUCCAGCCAGAUAAACAGUACGACACAACAUACGAUACCGGCGACAAGGCCAUCCAGUGCGGACGGCACGUGGAUAUCUUCAAGUUCUGGCUAAUGUGGAAGGCAAAAGGAACAGAAGGAUUCGAGCAGCACAUUGACAAGUGCCUGGAUCUGUCGGCGUACCUCUACGAUAAGAUCAAGAACAGAGAGGGCUUCAAGAUGGUGUUCAACGGGGAGCCGCAGCACACCAACGUCUGCUUCUGGUUCAUACCGCCGAGCCUGCGAAACUUCCCCGAUGGUGAGGAGAAACGCGAGAGAUUACACAAGGUGGCCCCAAAGAUCAAGGCCCUGAUGAUGGAGUCCGGUAGCACCAUGGUGGGUUACCAGCCACAGGGAGACAAGGUCAACUUCUUCCGCAUGGUCAUCUCCAACCAUGCCGCCACCAGGUCAGACAUCGACUUCCUCAUCGAGGAGAUGGAGCGACUGGGGAAUGACUUGUAAGCACCACCCCUGUCAAAUAAAAACCACUCCGCCGAGACAGCUGGUGAGCCCUGAGCUUGGCUUUAUGUCCCUUAUGUUUUAUACAGAUGUUGAUUUUUUUUUUUUUUUUUUUGCUUACAAUGCACAUUGAAUAACAAUAUGCCCUGUGUGUCACUUCUCUGUCUCUUUCUGUCUUUAGCAGCAACGAUAUUGAAAACAUUUGCACAAGCGGGUGUGGGAGUAAAAAGUACAUGAGUCAAAGCUUGAGAGAACCACACGAGCACACUGUUAUUCUUGCCAAACAAUUCAUACGUAUAAUGUCAAAGUGAUGAGUUGGACGCAGGUUCCUCUUCACGUAAAUGUGAAAAAAAGCAAGAAUACCUGAGCACUUGGGUGAUUCUGUCAAUGAGCAGGUAUAGAAAUGUAAUUUUACUAUUGUUCUAUAUGAAAAUCACGAUUGAAAACAGAAUAAUAUCAAAAUAUUUUUUCACAAGUAAUAGAGCACAAUGUAGGGAACCUCAACAUUGACAUAAAUAGAAUCAAUUUAAAAUAUUCAUAUAUAUAUGGUGUUAUGAGUGUUGGUGCUUCAUGUGGUCUAUGUAAUUAUCAAGCACCGCCGUAUUGUACCCUAUAGCUGUUAUUUGAUAUUACAUAAGUGGGGAUAUAUAACACACUCAUUGUAGCAGGUACUGUGCUGGAGUGCUGUGUUUUUAGAGAUUUUUGUGUAGAUUGUGUAUAGUAUUGUUACAUUGCCUUUGUGCCAAACGUGUCCGAGUUUUACGGUGAGAAAAAUCCUAUAUGUAAAUCAACCACGCGGUAGAGUAUGAAAUAGAAGAAUAACUUUAUUUAUAUGGAGAGAUAUAAUCGUGAGUAGGUUAUCUGCUCUUCUGUUCCACUUGUAAUGUGCUCUGUUGAAAUAUCACAAUGUUUCCAUUUAUGUUGAAUCCUUCUACUGUGUCUGUGAACCAAAGAAGGGUUGAGUUACGUUCAUGAACACGCACACGACCCUCACUCGCCCUUAUGGAUGCAUUCAGAUGUUUAUAUAAAAACACUUCGAUCUACCGCCCCUUAAACUUUAGUGCAAUCUAUGUUGUGUAACUGUGCAAUGUCGUGAUUCGCUGAUUGAAUGUUGUCCAGGCAUGUGGCUCGAUGUGGGAGGCUUGACUGCCAGUGCGCCUGCUGCCACUGCUGCUGAUAAGAAGCACAAUGCUAAACCUUGAUCGUGGGUUAGCUUAGGUCCUAGGCACACAUGAUUGUCUGUAUCAUACUGUAUUCGUUGGAGUGAAACUAUAAUAUGCAACAUUUUGGGUUUUUACAUUUUUAUGAUGAGGAUACCUGGGAUCAUUUUUUUUUAAGAACUUUGCUUGAACCAUUCAAUGCACAGUGUUUGCUACUGUAAGAAGAUUUUAUUGAACCGAUGCACAUUCCUGAAUUAGCGGGAGAUAAAAGCGUCCCUUGUCUAACUCAAUGUAGGCACUUUAACUUCAUGCCAUCAUCUAAAGAGUAUCACUUAUGCAUCCACAGCGCUACUAAAGACGAUUUUCGCAGUUUGUGAUUGAGGUCCUUUGACCUAAUUGAGUGAAUAAAUAUAUGUGAUGAACAACACUGUUGUGAGAGUAUGAUGAGAACUAAUCCAAACUUUGCUUUUGGGUGACAUAACCUUUUUUUUUCCAUAGAUAUCCCCUAAGUCUGCCUGGUUCUUUUUCAUCAAGGUCCACGAAUUGUUGGAAAUCUGUGAAAAUGUAAAAAAAAAAAAAAAAUGUUGAACAAAGUGAUUCUAGAAGAUGUAAUGGGCUCUUUCCUUGUUCAUAGUGUAUCCUUCCACCAAGUUUCAUGGAAAUACAUCCAGUAGUUUAUGAGUAGUCAUGCUUACAAACCAACAAACAGGGACCAGGGUGAAAAGGUAAAGCAUUAGAAUAAGAAUAAGAAUAUCAUAAAGCCUUGUUAAUGAACCAAAUAAAAAAAUGUUUUAUGUGU